GGGCCGUGGGGAGGGAGCGCGCCCCCGCCCCCUCCCGGGCCGCGGCUCCCGCAGCGCUGUGCCGGGCCCCGCUUCCCGUCAGCCCCCGCGGGAAGGCCCUGGGGUUCUCUUUGAUCCCCCUCCCCGACCGGGGCCACAGGUCGCUUAGCAACGAAGGACCAGCAAGAAGGGAGCUGUCCUAACCCUCCACAGGCAGGCCGGCAGGUGCACGACGCCAGCUCCCUCCUGAGGGGGCGGCGGCCUGGGGGCUACCAUGCCCCCCAACCACCUGUCAGUGCGAGAGAUGAGGGAAGAUGAGAAGCCCCUGGUGCUGGAGCUGCUUAAGGCUGGUGUGAAAGACACGGAAAACCGUGUGGCCCUCCACGCCCUGACACGCCCGCCAGCCCUUCUUCUCCUGGCUGCAGCCAGCAGCGGAUUGCGCUUCAUCCUGGCCUCCUUCUCCCUGGCCCUCCUGCUGCCCGUGUUUCUGGCUGUGGCCGCUGUAAAGCUGGGCCUGAGAGCCCGAUGGGGCUCUCUGCCUCCACCAGGCGGCAUGGGGGGCCCCUGGGUUGCUGUCCAGGGCUCCGGUGAUGUGUGUGGAGUCCUGGCUCUGGCCCCUGGUGCUAGCGUGGGGGAAGGAGCCCGAGUCACCCGCCUCUCUGUCUCUCCAUGGCACCGUCGCAGGGGCGUGGGCAGGAGGCUGCUGGCCUUUGCUGAGGCCCGAUCCCGAGCAUGGUCUGGGAGUAUGGGGGAGCCUCGGGCCCGGCUGGUGGUCCCAGUAGCUGUGGCUGCCUGGGGGUUGGCAGGGUUAUUGGAGGCUUGUGGCUACCAGGAAGAGGGAGGCUGGGGCUGUAUGGGCUACAUGCUGGUUAGGGAAUUCAGCAAAGACCUGUGACUAGAGACAUGCCCACUAGGGAGCUAUGUGAGGAACCAGCACCUAAGGAGCACAUUCUGUGUACCAGGCACUUUACACCCACCUCCCUCAGUGUCUACCCAGUCUGCUGGGCACCUGGUAAGGCACGCACCAAAGUUGAUGGACUUUCAUGCCCACAGUGGACCUACCAGAUGCAAUGGGGACUCUGAACUCAAGUAGAACAAAUCUCUUCUUGGCCUUUUGGGACCUCUAGGUCCACUCCCUGCCCCCUAGUCUGAAUGCAUUGAAAAGCCUCUUCCGGUUCUGGGUCUAUGUACAAAACCCCUGCUAUGUGUUGUAGGACUGGAAGGUAUAUCUGGGGAGAGUGAGAGGCAAAGUUUGCCUCCAAGAGUUCGAAUCUGUGAUAGGGUACCCCUAAAUGGGACAGAUCUUCUGGGAGUGGGUGGGGCCAGGAGCACAGCUUCUCCAAGCCCAUCUGGUUUUUUACACUGUUUGUUAAUAAAGCCUGAAAUUUCUGUG